AUGAAGGUCUUCUUCGUUAAGUAUAACGAUCCUAUUUAUGUGAAAAUGGAGAAACUGGAUAUUAUGAUCCGACUUGCCCAGCAGAACAAUAUUGCACAGGUGCUCAGUGAACUCAAAGAGUACGCUACUGAGGUUGACGUAGAUUUCGUUCGCAAAUCCGUAAGAGCCAUUGGCAGAUGUGCUAUAAAGGUGGAAACGAGUAGCGAACGCUGCGUUGCCACGUUACUAGAACUUAUUCAAACGAAAGUCAACUACGUGGUCCAGGAAGCUGUGGUUGUCAUAAAGGACAUCUUCCGUAAAUACCCGAAUCGCUACGAAAGCAUUAUCUCUACCCUAUGCGAGAACCUGGACACGCUGGAUGAACCAGAAGCACGCGCGUCCAUGAUAUGGAUUAUCGGUGAAUACGCCGAAAGGAUUGAUAAUGCUGACGAACUGUUGGAAAGUUUCGUCGAAGGAUUCCACGACGAAAACACCCAGGUGCAACUACAGUUGCUUACCGCAGUUGUGAAGUUAUUCCUGAAACGACCUACUGAUACCCAGCAAUUGGUUCAACGUGUGCUGUCUUUGGCUACUCAAGACAGUGAUAAUCCCGAUUUGAGGGAUCGCGGGUAUAUAUACUGGCGCCUGUUGUCGGCUGAUCCCGCUGCAGCUAAGCAGGUUGUUCUUGCUGAGAAGCCGUUAAUCUCAGAAGAAACUGAUCUUCUGGAGCCAUCUCUUCUUGACCAACUUGUCUGCCAUAUCGGGAGCUUGGCUUCUGUUUAUCAUAAACCACCGUCUUCGUUCGUUGAUAGUGCAAGACAACCACUACGAGCAGGAACUGGCUUCACAAAUGGUCAGUCAUCGGUUGAUUCCACCGGUGGAGCUGCGCCAGGUGUCGCUCGAAACGUUGCUCCUACUGUGAUUCCUUCACAGGAUACCCUUAUUGCGGAUCUGCUGUCUCUUGAUAUUUCUACACCUAUGGGUGCGAUGAAUACAAUGCCGACUUACGCUCCGAUGUCAACGUCUGGUGGGCUGGACGACCUUUUGGGACUAGGAGGCCCGUCUCUUGUCGAACCUGCUGCGCCUCCAGUGGCUUCCACCACCUUUGAUCCACUUGCCAAUUUGGGCCUUGGAGCGCCUUCUGCUGCCCCAGUAGCACCUCUAGGUGGUGUGCCAGCAGUACCCGUAGCGUCAGCUCCGGUCUCUUCAUCCUUGGGCGGCCUCGGUGACAUUUUCGGCGGAACUCUAGGCUUGGUAGACACAAGUUUUGGUUAUCAGGCGCCGAAACAGUUGUGGCUUGAUGCAGCCAAAGCAAAGGGUUUACAACUCGAAGGUACUUUCGUUCGUCGCGCAGGGAACAUUAAUAUGGAAAUGACCCUGACUAAUAAGGCAAUGCAACCCCUUUCGGGAUUCGCGAUUCAGUUCAACAGGAACUCGUUUGGACUGGCUCCAGCUGAACCUCUCAGGGUUCCGUCUCCACUGAUGCCAAGCCAGAGCGUCAAUGUUACUCUGCGAUGUGAUACAUCAGGAGGUGUACAGAAAAUGGAACCGCUCACCAAUUUGCAGGUAUGUUCUAUUGAAAUCCUAGUUAGUUAUCUCACUUAA